ACACAACACAGCGCGGUCAUUUGACAGAGUUCCGCGGGAAUUUCGAGGCUUGAUUUUCAUUUGGAGGUAAAAACAAACAAAAGCAGACAAGAUUAAUCCCACAAAAGACUAUUUAACGAAGAUUUGUCACACGUUAGAGGUGGUGGACCUUUGUACGUGGCCUGCCCAUCAAAAUGUCCAAAAAGAAAGGAUUAAGUUUUGAGGAGAAGAGAAGUCGCAUGAUGGAGAUUUUCUUUGAAAGCAAGGACGUUUUUCAGCUGAAAGAUAUUGAGAAGAUUGCCCCAAAAACAAAGGGAAUCCAGGCCAUGACGGUGAAGGAUGUGCUGAAGAGCCUGGUGGACGACAACAUGGUGGACUGUGAGCGCGUAGGCACGUCCAACUACUACUGGGCCUUCCCCAGCAAAGCUCUGCACGCUCGCGAACUGAAACUGGAGGAGCUGGACAAACACGUGUCCGAGGCGAAGCAGCGGCAAAUUUCCCUGCAGGACGCCAUUGGAAAAGCCAAAGAAGGACGGCAGGAUACAAAAGAGAGAAGCACCAUGCUGAAGGAACUUCAGGCGCUGAAAGACGAGCGAGCUCAGCUGCAGACCGAGUUGGACAAGUACGAGGAGUGUGACCCGCAAGUUGUCGAACAGAUGAGAAAAUCAAACGUCGUGGCCAAGGAAGCCGUCUCCAGGUGGACAGACAAUGUUUUCGCCAUCAAAUCUUGGAUUAAGAAAAAGUUCACGUUUGAUGACAGCCGCAUCGAUCAAGCCUUCGGGAUCCCCGAGGACUUUGACUACCUGGACUGACUGACUCGGUCUUUCACUUUUGCCAGAUGGAUCUCCUCGCCCCAUAUUUGACUUUUUGGGCGAAGCCAGCAAAACAAGGGCAUCCAUUUCGUGGGCUUGCUGUCAGAAAACAGCUUGCACCUGUUAUUCUAAAAAAAAAAUGGACUUCCUGAGGAGUUCUUUUGUCGUUAUUCAGCCAUUUUCUAUUGAGUUCCUGUUUUGCCUCUGCAAAUGUUUGUCCGUUUCUACGCCAGGCCCGUACAAGUCAUGUUUCUGUUUGAGCCAGCAAAAUGGUCUGUCGCGGCACGUCAGCGAUGUCUUCUGAGAAGCAGAACAGAACUGCUUGCGUCGUAAAAGAUGCGGACGACUUUUCCUGACGCUUCACGAUGCGUCGGGGGGGGCUUUGUCGCUGCACACUGUUCACGUUUGUUUGUUGCAAAUACGAUGCCCUUAUGAAGUAGCGCAAGAGACAGGGAAAAAUGUCAAUAAAUGCCUGAGUGCAAGUUUGUUUGGACACACCCACCUGA